CAGGUAAAGCUGCGCCUUCUUUUUUUAACAAACAUGAUGGCGUGUGCCUGACAAAAGCAACCUCCACCAAACUGAAAGGACUUUUAUUCUUCUCAGGGAUUGAGUUUAUACAACUAUAACUUUCAAAAGGGAACUGGUACUGAAAAAAAAAAAGCCUCCACCGCCACCAAGGAUGAUCCAGCAGCACGAGGCGUGAAGCUGUCUCAGCAUUUCAUGCAUGACUGUCUGUCAUGAUUUAGGAUACUAUUACCUGGACUGAUGAGCUUUACCUCGGUGCUGAAAUUGUCCUAACUUGUGCACAGUUAACAGUAACUGAAGAGGAGAAUGACAUCCCUGCUGCUCCCUCUGUGUCUCUGUGUCCUCUGGAUCUUUGUUUCAGAGAUACAGGGAGGCUUUCUGGAUCUCCCUAUGAAGGAUCCCAUACGCACCCUGGCAGAAGAUGAGACCGUCCUGUCCUGCCUCUACCAGCCGACCGACGGCAAUGUGGUGGUGCAGGUCACCUGGUACAAAGCCAAGGAACAGAUCAUCACUGCACACCACACGAGUGGGCAGACAGCGUUUGGGUCGUGGUCUCGACGUGUGCGCUUCAAAAGCAGCGACCCCACCGUGGACUCAUCUCUGGUCAUCAUGAGCACGGAGGUCACUGAUGAGGGGAAAUACAUCUGCCGCAUUAGCACCUACCCUUCAGGCAACUUUGACAGAGAAAUGUCACUCAUCGUGUGGACCAAUCCCAUCUCAAGCCUGGAUCCUGUGAUUCUGGUGGAGGGACAGUCCUACAGACAGGCUGCUUCCUGUCGCUCUGUUGCCCGCCCACCUCCCCGCCUCACCUGGGACACCGACCUGAAUGGCCAGUCCGUCAAUCGCUCCUCUGACAAUGGGGCGGUCUCCUCCUACUACUCCCUGCACCCCCUGAGGAGCAUGAAUGGCAAGAAGCUGGACUGUCUGGUGUGGCAUCCAACUUUUUCAGGCCCCCGCAGGAUCCCAUACAACCUGGUGGUGCACUUCCCUCCAGAUGCAGAGGUGUCUGUCCUCAACAAAGACUGGUUCGUGGGUACGGAGAAUGCUGCCCUGACGUGUGUGAGUGGAGGAAACCCCAAACCACAGAGUUUCACCUGGACCAGAAUGGGUGGAGAGUUGCCAGAAGGCGUGAUCCCCCACCCAAAUGGAACGCUAGCUUUUGGGCGACCCCUAAGCUUGUCAGACGGAGGCAAAUACCAGUGCGUGGCGAAGAAUGAAGUGGGAGAAGCAAAGGCGGAUGUGGAGAUUGAUGUGACAGAACCUAAAAUAAGAGAGCCAGUGAUGGAAAACAUGUUGAUGAUCAUCGUGGGUGCCGUGGCCGGCGGGCUGCUCAUCUUGAUGCUCGUCGUCAUCAUCACCAUCACCUGCCACCACAAACGGAAGAACAGGAAACUGCAGAAGGAGCUGUCGGAGAGGAAGGAGGAAAUCAGCACUCUCUCCAGGCAAGCUUCUUUCAGGAGGAUGAACUCUAUCAGUACAGAUCCCAGAGGAGCGACAGAGGAGAGCAUCCCUCUGAGGGUGGAGGGAACCUUAAGGACCAGCCUGUCUUCCCUCGGGGAGCAGGCACACUACCGUGACAGCCGAUCUACUAUCUCAGGUGGGCGAGGGGGAGGAAUAGCGUUUGACUCUCUGGGACGACCAGUCCUGCACAAUAACUCGCGGAGGGGGCGAGAUCGGCUCUUGGAUAGAGACGAGGAAAACCGACUCAGAGUGGAGACGUAUGUGAGAAACAGCACUAUGUCUUUGCAGGAAACUCGUUUCCACCCUCCUCUAAUGCCGUCAUCCUUCCCGGUGAUGCAGUCCACUGAGAUCGUGAGACAGCGAAAUGGCAGCGCCCUCAUCCCGUCAGACGGGGGUUCGCGGCCCGGAAGUGUCGCCAGGAAUCACCAGCCCCCUCCCAUGAGCUGCAACUAUCCACCAGUGACAGAUGAUGAGGAUGAAGUGGAUGAAGGUUUGGGAGGUCCAGCCAGUCAGGAGCACCCUGAUGACCAAGACAGCGAGACCAACAGCUCGCAGCGGUCCGAGGCUCACAGUGCGCGGCGCUAUCAGCAGACUAAUGGCACACUCAGGCCCAAACCCCACGCCAAUCUGGUCAGUCCCCAUGCCACCCAGAUCCACAAGGCCCAAAUAGUUUAACAAGCAGCUGUGGAACAUGUGGAACUGCCAGCUUUGGUCUUGGGAGGGGUUCAAAUGCAGAUACACUGGCGAGGUCUUGUUUGCAACCCAGAAAACCAGUUUGUGGUUAUUGUCAAAAAUCUGCACCCUGACUCUACAGUGCUGCAUCUUCUUUGUUGUUGUGGAACAUGGUGCAAUAGAACAAAAUCUAAAAGGAAAAAUCUACUCCAAAGCUGGACGACUCCCGGAUCUCCGCCAGAUGUUUGGUGACCUUUGUGAUGCAUUCCCCACGCAUUGCUGGCACAAGCCAAGGACAUUGUCACAUUAUUUCCAGUGCAGCUAUUACAGCGUUGAAUCACAGGCAACACCUCCCGCUGAUCUUUCGCAAGACAGUAUCUGUUGCUCUGACAGGUGAAUGCAGUCGUUCCUCCCUUUUGUGGGGCUGUCGAAAGCACUCAGGGACAUGUACAGUAGGAAAUCAAGAAACGCAGGAGUAGUCGACGGGUCUGUGAGAGUGUGGGUUCAUCAGAAAAGUCGAUUGCAACACAUCUCGCAGAGGGUGGAUUUUUUUUACUUUAGUGGUGUUCAGUGCAUCAGUAACUGUGUCUGUGUUAAGUUAACCUUACACAACACAGUUUGGGAUCUGAUCCAAACCAUGGGCUUGUUCCUCUUUUGCCACACCUGCAACACGCAUACCUCCAUAUUGUCUGACUGCCCUCGUUCCGUUGCCUUGAGCGCUGAGACAGUUUGGAUUUUAAAAAAAAAAAAAGGAAAAAGUCUUACUGCCAAAACAUGAUUAGUAUCCUUAACAAGUAGGGAUUUGGCAAUCUGUAUUGGACGAAUACACAAAUGAUUUCCUUUUUUUAAAAAAACCUUUUUGUUAAUUGUACAGUAAAUUUUCUAGUUCCAUUUUAUUCCUCUUUCCUCCUCCCGAUUCCACACCUACACAAAUAUAGUAGAUCAGUCUCUCUAUACACUGCUCCCAUGUUGCGAGGAUUCAAGUUGAAACGCUGAUGUCGAACAUGCACAGACACACAGGUACGCCACACACAUACACAGUGAAUGAAACCGGGAAUACGUUGCCAAAAGUUUGUUAAAUACAAGUGAAUUCUACACUUUUUUUUUUUUUUUUUUUUCAGUUUUGUUCUGUCGAUUCAUAUGUUACUGGAUUGCUUGAUAUGCCGAAUUUUGUGAAAACACAUCUGGACUCUUACACCAGAGACUAUGGAGCCUGCUGUUCUUUUUCUGACAUCCAACACUGGAGGCUGCUUUUCCAAGAGAAACUGGACAUGUGCCAUUACAGACUCCUAAAAUUGAGGUGAAACUGAGUGUGUAUAGUUUAUCUGUGGACAACUGUUUUUUUCAUUUCUUUGUUUAUAAGUGUUUUGAGUAUUAUUGUUGGGUUGUGUUACAUCCCAGAUAUGGGGAACAAUGUGCCAUCGGGGGAAUAUUAAAAACAAAAAAAAAAUCUCUUUUGCUUUAUUUGGCAAACAUGAAGUAUUAUUUUGUUCUCUGUUUUAUGUUACCUUCUGUACAUAUUGCUUCAUCCAACUCAAAUGCCAAAAGAUAUCUGAGGUACCAAUGUUGAUUUAAAAGAUUGCUGCCGCUUUUUUGGCAACAAUGUUACCUGUUAUACCCGCCACCACCCUGCCAAGUAAGGGUAGCAGAUUAAUGGUAUUAUGUUUGAAUGUUGGUUGUAUUUGUUGUAGACAGUGCCCCCUGAUGUGUACUGCUGGAAAGUGCAGGGAUCUGAUUGAGCCUACAAACUGCAAUGCUAUGGAAGACUCUGCAUUCCACUGUGAUUUUGGAAAAGAUUCUCCACAGAUUUUCAUUUAUUUUUGGGGGCUUCGUAUGGGUACAAGCUUGUAUUGAUGGGUGAAAACAAAUGUGCAUGGUUUUGCUAAAUGUACACUAAAAGACAAGCUUAUGGCAGAAAAAUAUUGUCCGGACCAUCUAAAUACAGAGCACUUUCACUGAUACUUAUUCUGGUUUGCUAGGAAACUGUUGAGGUUUCUGUGGAAAUUUUUGCAGGGAAAAAUUUAAGAUGCAGAUUAAACUGCUGAGGGCAAAAAUGAGCUUUGGGUCCUAUUUAGCAACCUGUUCCUUCUACUGUAGGCACAUUACAGUCUGUUGAAUGUCUCUAGUAGUGUUUUUCUGUGGGCCCAGGUUGGCCCACUUUAACUGCGUCAACCCACUUAUCACAAUGGGAGAAUGUACAGUAUAUAGCCUAAACAAGGCACUCACAUUUUGUUUGGUCUGCCACUGUUUUUAAAAAGUCAGAUACAUAAAUAAAUAAAAACAUAUAUAAAGAA